UCCCCCGCCGUCUGUCCGGCGGGAUAAGGGGGCGAGUGGGAGAGCCCUCCCCCCCGCCGCCCCCUCCCCCGAGCGUCGAGACAAGAUGCUGCCCGGGCUCCGGCGCCUGCUGCAAGGUCCUGCCUCGGCCUGCCUACUGCUGACACUCCUGGCCUUCCCUCCGGUGACUCCCAGCUGCCCUAUGCUCUGCACCUGCUACUCAUCCCCGCCUACCGUGAGCUGCCAGGCCAACAACUUCUCCUCGGUGCCGCUGUCCCUGCCACCCAGCACGCAGCGACUCUUCCUGCAGAACAACCUCAUCCGCUCCCUGCGGCCAGGCACCUUUGGGCCCAACCUGCUCACCCUGUGGCUCUUCUCCAACAACCUCUCCACCAUCUACCCGGGCACCUUUCGCCAUCUGCAGGCCCUAGAGGAACUGGACCUCGGUGACAACCGGCACCUUCGCUCCCUGGAGCCCGACACCUUCCAGGGCCUGGAGCGCCUGCAGUCGCUACAUCUGUACCGCUGCCAGCUCAGCAGCCUGCCUGGCAACAUUUUCAGAGGCCUGGUCAGCCUACAGUAUCUCUACCUCCAGGAGAACAGCCUGCUCCACCUACAGACCCUGAUGUCCUCAUCUGAUGUGGGUGUCCUUCUGCGUAGGCAUGCCAACACUUAUGAACAUGUAGAAGCUAAGGCUGCUCAGCAUUCAGCUUUAGGGAAGGUGCCUCCCUCUCCUCUUCCUAGUGGGGAGCCAUGA